AUGGAAUAUGAUACGGAGGCAGGGACGGAGGCAGGCAAGGAGGCAAGCAAGGAGGAAGGCAAGGAGGCAAGCAAGAAGGCAGGGGCGGCGACAGGCAAGGAGGCGGGCAAGGGGACGGGCAAGGAGGCAGUCAAGGAGGAACGGACGGAGGCAGAGGCAGAGAAGGAGGCAGAGACUGAGACAGGGGCGGAGACAGGGACGGAGGCAGGGACGGAGUCUGGGACGGAGGCUGGGACGGAGGCAGGAGCGGAGGCAGGAGCGGAGGCAGGGACGGAGGCAGGGACGGAGGCAGGGACAGUGGCAGGGACAGAGGCAGGGGCGGAGGCAGAGACGGAGGCAGGGAAGGAGGCAGGCAAGGAGGCAGGCAAGGAGGCAGGCAAGGAGGCAGACAAGGAGGCAAGCAAGGAGGCAAGCAAGGUGGCAAGCAAUGAGGCAGGGAUGGAGACAGGCAACGAGGCGGGCAAGGAGGCGGGCAAGGUGGCGAGCAAGGAGGCGGGCAAGGAGGCGGGCAAGGAGGCGGGCAAGGAGGCGGGCAAGGAGGCGGGCAAGGAGGCGGGCAAGGAGGCAGUCAAGGAGGAGCGGACGGAGGCAGGCAAGGAGGCAGAGACAGAGGCGGAGAAGGGGACGGAGGCAUGCAAAGAGGCAGAGAAGGAGGCAGAGACGGAGGCAGGGGCGGAGACAGAGACGGAGACAGAGACGAACAGGGUCGGAGGGAAUGAAAGACGGGCAGAGGGAGGACAAUCGAUAUUUAGAUGGCCAUGCAUGAUGCCUUAA